GCUCUCAGUCUGUCUCCUCAGCUGUGGAGCAGUUAAUUGAGGCUCUAGCUGCUACUGGGAAGCCCCACCAGCGCUGCCUCUGGAAACCAGACCCACGCAAAGAGGCAGCAAAGGCAGACAAAGAGAGAGAGAGAGAGAGAGAGAGAGAGGUGGCGGUGAGGGGAAGGAAACCUCUUAAAUAUAUGCAGACAGACAGAGAUUUCUCUUUUAAAAAAGGGACUUGCUAUACCAAAUACAGCCAGAGAACCCAGCAAAGCAGCCACACGAUGUCAAGAGAGCAGAGGAACCACAUGGAUGAAUGCUACAGCCACCCAGCCUUGUUCCAAAUCUGCACGCAAGAAGUUGAGAGCGGCGGCAGCAGCAGCAGCAGCUGUGGCAGUUCAAAGGUGCAGAAGAUGUGCACCUCCAGGAGGAUACUGCUGCUUGCCCUCACCUUCCUGGCCUACACAGUGGAUUCUGUUUCUGCAUAUGGUGCUCCUGAAACCCUCUGUGGGGGAGAGCUGGUGGACACACUGCAGUUUGUCUGUGGAGACCGGGGUUUUUACUUCAGUAGGCCUGUGGGCAGAAACAGAGGAAGGCUCAACCGUGGCAUAGUAGAGGAGUGCUGUUUCCGGAGCUGCGAUCUUAAUCUUUUGGAAACUUACUGCGCAAAAUCUGUCAAAUCGGAGCGUGAUCUCUCGUCGUCUUCUCUCGUAGCCUUACCAGCACUGAACAAGGAUCCAUUUCAAAAGCCCUCUCAUGCCAGGUACUCAAAAUAUGACAUAUGGCAGAAGAAAGGUUCACAGCGCCUUCAGAGAGGGAUUCCCAACAUCCACCGAGCCCGCCGGUAUCGAUGGCAAACUGAAGGACUGCAAGAGUCUGAGGAGUCAAAGAUCCAUCGCCCCUUGAUUGUCCUGCCUACCCAGAAGCCUCUUGUUGCGCAAACCACCACCUCAGAAACACUGGGCAGCCAGAAGUGAACUGUGAUGAACAAUUUCCAAAAUGGACUCUUUAUUUUUUAUUUCCUAGGCCUGGCCUCACCCUUUUCUCUCUCCCAAACCAAGGGGGAGGGGUGAGAGCAGAUGCCCUUUCACACCAAGGAGUAACCACAAGGGGCACCAUUAACACCAAACAACUGACAUAGAAAGAGAAACAGGAUUACAACGUUGGCGGUGGCAGCAGCAACAUUUCUGUGGCAUUGUCUUUUAAGUAUUUUUUGUUUGCUGGUUCUUGUUCCUUUCCUACCCAGUAUUCUCAGCCUUUACUUAAAAGGGACAGUUAAGGCACUUGAACUAUUUAAUAUUGGGCCACUGCCUGUCAGUCUAUUUUCCAACCAAUGAAGACAGAGAAAGAGAAAAUAAUGAUAUUGAAAGAAGCCCAGUUUAUGUCUGUAUUGACAAUAAAAGUGAAGUUGGGGUGGGGGGGGGGUUGGAGUGGAAUAUCAGAAGGUUUAAAAUUUUGGCCUCAUUUUCACCCCACUAGGUUUUUUUUCCCUUUGGAAAUCACAAGUCUACAGUAUGUGUUUGAGACUUCUUCAUUUUUUUCUACGUUUUAAAAGCCAGGGAAGAAAUGAUGAGGCCCACUACCUUUUUUUAAAUUACACAAUUCCAAAUGUACUUGCACCUUUAAAAAUCACCGAUGAAGUGAGAGUGUGUGAACGUUAAGUUCACUUUAAUGGAGGAGGCGUCUGCAUUGCACAUUUGCCACAGAUUUAGUUGAAUUAUAUGAGAUAUAUAUUAUAUAUAACUUUUUUUGGCAGAAAAAGCACUAUUUUUAAUGGGACCAUUUGUGUGUGUGUGUAUGUAUGUGUAUGUGUGUGUAUGUAGUAACUGAAGAGGGAUUGUAAUGUUUAAAUGUUAUGGUGCUAAUGUAAGUUGGAAAAGGGGAAAACAAACCCAGAAAAUUAGAAGAGGGUGGGGUGGGAAGGACAAGAUCUCGAUUACUGAACUUGAACUUUUUUAGCUUUUCGUUUUAGGAAAGUGUGAUAAGUGUGUUCUUUUUUUUUUCUCUUCUGAAUUAUAGCUUGGUCAUGACCAUAUGAGCUAAUUGCCUUUCACUCAUAUACACAAAAUGCAUGCACAUUCAGAAACACAAUAAUACAUCUAUAUGCAUUUUAGAUCAAAAUAUUUUUUCCCUUAAGUCCUUCACUCAUUCCCUGAUACCCAGAGCAUGCCAAGUGCAAAGCCAUAUGCAUGUGCUUUGUGAGUUACCUGAUUCUGUUCCAUGGAAGCAAUCAUUGUACAUAGAGGACUCAUUUUUGGCUUUUGCAGCCUGAGAGUCACCAUCCUCCUACCAAGGUGUUUUAAAAUCUAUUUUCUGGCCACCUCUGCCAUCUUCUUCCUGGUGCAAUGCCAUUUUUUCCAGAAAGUGACUCUUCGCAUCUAUCAGGUUUGGCAAGAACAUAGAUUUGUUGUUGCCCAAUCAAGCCUUAUUAGGAGAAAUAGCUCAAAACAAUCGACCAUCUCCUUAUCUUGCUUCUGUUUCUGCUUCCUUCUUCCCUUUCAAAAGGGGAAGCUGCAAUUCUUCUGAAGGCUCUCUUGCGCCAUCCCAUAAUGACAGCAAUAACAACCACUUAAAGCACCAAGUUUCCCCUUUCCCUGCUAGAGUGAGGGAGAAGUUGUGGGGGGAGGGGUUAGUGCAAAAACUCCAGAGGGAAAGGGUUGUUCUUCACUGCCUCAUAGGACCUGAGGGACGGGAGAGAGUUGAUUGGAACUUUUAAAACCCAAUUAUCUGCUCAAAACUCAAGGCUUAAUUGGAGAGGUAUGGAGAAGGUGGUAUAAAAAAUGUUCUAUAGUCAAUCACUUGGCUCAUCUAGAACCAUAAGAGCAAUGCCACAUAUAUAAAUUGCAUAGAGAAAGAGGAACAUCUUAUCAGUGCUGUACCUGCUUUGCCUUAUAUAUAUAUACCUACAUUUAAAGAACAUAAAGAUUACUUGAAUUUUUUUUGAAGAAAGGGUAAGGUUUUUUUUUUAAUGUUAUCAGUUUUUAAAUUGUUACCUUGCAAUCUUGAGCCAUGAAGCAUUUGGGGAUUUUUGUUUUUGUUUUCCAUGGCACUGCAAACCACAAAAAUAUGCUCCUUAAUCAUUUACGAAGGAGCGGGGAAAUACACAGCUCAGAUAAAAUGUUUUGGGGUGUUGGGUGGGGAAAACAAAAGAGGGUUUGUUUGUUUUUUAAAAAAGUUUCCAAUGCAGAAGCUUUCAUAGAAGCUCUUUACCAAAUGUCCCCCUUUGAUUUGUUUUUUUUUUUAAGGUGACAAGUAAAAUAGUCACUCAAAGAUGAUCAAGCUGCCUUUAUAGCUUUCUAUAUAUGCUUUGGCAGAGGGAAUAGGGAUGAUCAUUUUUUUCCCGAGAGUGAGGAAAGAGCAAAGGGAAUUUUAUAUAUGGUCUAGGCUGAGUUCUGUAAUAUUCUUAACAAAGCAGGCCCGGAUACUGCAAAGCAGUUAAGUACGUGCAUGCUUUGAGCUUACGGCAUACUAGUCCAAGUCAGUGGAAUGUCCACAAAGUUAAUACAUGCUCAAGUGCUUGUCAACUUGUGGGUGGGAGGCGAGGAGUCUCAACAGACAGCACUGAGUGAAGGGGCACAUGUAAAUGUUCCAAGAAGGAAAGUGUACAUUUAUAAAUUGGCUUUGGAACACUUGCGUCUUGCAGGCUGGUUCACUGUCCCCCUCGCAGUUGAUUUCUUCCCCCUCCACUUUGUAUAAUCAUUUACCUUAGUACCUGGUAAAGUUAAGCGUUUUUUAUCAUACUUUGCCAAAACUUUUCAAAAAGCAAAGCAAAUGUAAAUUCAGGGCCUGAUCAGUCAACAUGUUAGGCCCAAAUUCCAGGAUAAUAAAUCCCAGGAAGUUUAGAAUCUCGGUAUACUCUAUAGAGGCAUAUUUUUUGAGUGAGUGCCCACAUGGAUUUCUUUGAAUUAGAUCCAAACCUAAACUGUGCACAGGAAGUAGAGCUGCGUAUUAUAUAGACAAGACUUUCCCCGAACAUGAUCAAAACUUAUAUAGCAUCUUGGCUGUUGGGCUUUCUUUCUCCAGGCUUGCAUGCACUCUCUUUAAUGCUUCACUCCUAUGUGUGCAUACUUUGGUUCCUUCCGAGUAAACAUACAUAGGCCUUGGUCUGCCUGCUUUAUACAAAAAUAGUGGCAAUGCAACCAAAGGAAAUGUGUUCGCGUACCGGGAUAGUUGAGUAUGCCCGAUGGAACACUCAGUUGCUUGUUCGAAUCACCCAGGUGCCUUGGGAACUACUAAACUUAACAACACUGUUCAACAACCUGCUGGCCCAAGAGACCUACAGAAUCUGUACUAAGGCAUGUAAUGUUUGAAUGAGUGGUUGAUGGGUAUUGAUGUCUUCAAGCCUUCUGUUGCAGUGAGCAAAAGUGUAACUGAUUUUUGUGAGGUUGCUCUUCCACUACAAGCGUAAUCGUGGAAAUGAAGAGCAACCAAAUCAAGGAUGGCUAUUUUUUUCAUAGUAGAAGCCUGUCUGAGCACAACCCGCUAGGAGUUAGAUGUAAAAAUACCUUUAUCGGUGUAACACAACUGAUUCUUGGGGCAUUUGUUGUUUACAAACUAGUGUUUUGUUCUGGGGUGGGUUUUUUUUUUGGGGGGGGGGGGGUUAAAAUGGACACACAAACAUUGCUGAAACACAUACUGAUCUGUUUUCUUCCAACCUCUGGUGCAAAGCCACAGCGCUUGAGGGAAGGAGUCUGGUUCCCCCAACUGGUUCCACAGUCUUACUGGCCCAUAUACAGCUUCAUCCACUUCAUCCUGCCUGUUUGCAAAGGCUCAGACUUUUGGUGAUGGACCUAGCUGCCUCUGCACUAAAUGAAGGGAAGAAUUGUAUUUUUUGUUGUUUUUUAAAAAAAGAAAAAAUGUUCUUGUUUUUUGUCAUAUGUAUUAUUGUCUGCUCAAGUUUUAUAUGGCGGGGAGGGAGUAGGGAAGGGGGGGGAAUGGGUGUUGAUGUAUCUUGAAAUAUUUCACUUGUGUGCACUCAAUAUGCAAGAGUCAAACUGCCCGGAUUAUGCACCUAUUGUACUUUUCAUUCGUAAUACAGUAUCAAUAAAGCAAUCGGCUACAAUGUUCUUCCGCCUCAGGUGGCUUUCUGUAAAAAUGGUCUUCUCUUUAAUCCAUGCAGCUGGUCACGCUCCACACUUCUUCCAAACAGCUCAGGCCUUUGUUGGGGCUGACUUACUGGCUUGACAUGUUCUUGUGCCUUUUAAGUAGUGGUUUAAAGAAAACCAUUAAAAUGGAGAGCAGGGGCCUUGGAAGCUGCCCCUCAACAGUAUCUGGACCCACAGACUUGACCAGUCAACCCAAUUACAGCUGCCUUCACUAUAGUGAAAUGGAUUGCAUUUCUAUUUAAAUUUUGGCAAUGUCUAAAUUCCCACCUAUACAAAUAAAUUAGCAUAUUCAUUUUUUUAAAAAAACAUUGAGUUAGUGCCCUCAUUUUGUUUUUGCUUACCCCACCCCAUGUGAUUCUUCUUCAGGGCUGUGGGUUCGAGCCACAUGUUGGGUGAAAGAUUCCUGCAUUGCAGGGGGUUGGUCUGAAUGAUUCUAUGAUUCAUUUUGGCCACCAUUGCAAGCAUGCAUAGGGUUGUACUGUAAGGCAGGGUGGGGAACCUUGGGAGUGGGAGUGAAACAAAGCCCUUCAGAUCUCUCUCUAUCUGACCCCUGGGACUUUCCCUUGGCUGUGCCCAUCCCUUGGCCACAUCCUCCAUUGGUCCUGCUGUGUAUCUCCCCAGCAAGUGCUUUUGCCUGGCUACCUUGUUUCUUUCACCUGCCAUAAUGCCUCUGGCUUGCCUGCAUGGAGGAUGGAGAUGUAUAUGUGGUUGUGUAGAAGCCUCUUAAUUUCUGUGUGGCUGAAAUCUAACCUACUGUACAAAAGCAAGAAUCCCACCCAUUGCUCUGGCCACUUUGCCUCUGGCUCCACCCACCAAUAGCAUGCAGCCCCCCCUGCCACAAAAAGAAAAGAAAAGAGUUUAGACUUUGCCCAUUAAGUAAUGUGCCUCUCCUCCUGACAAAGGUUCUUUAACCUGGUUGUAAGUGGUGGUGAGAUCGCACCUUUCUAGGCCAUUGUCUGUGAAAAAUGCCAGCUGGGGAAUCAUGGCAUCUCGUGGUGGCCUGGCCUGGCCUGGCCACCCAAUGCAAGGCUUCACAUGUAUUGGUAAGUGGGCUUACCAGAGGCCUGUUCCCACCUUAAGAAAAUGCAGCAUCCUGAGGCUUAGGCUGCCAGAGGGAAGCAUUGCCGUUCAAGACUGUGUUGAUUCCUAAGCAAAGUUCAAAAGCUUUAAUGCAUUAAAGAGAAGAUGCCUUGGCAGAAGUCAGUUCUGGUCUUACCAUUAGCCAAAGUGAGACAGUUGCCUCAGGUGGCAGUUGCAAUGCCCCUUUUCCACCUGAGCUCCAGCCAUUCUUCUCAGUUAAAGGAAAGAGCUGUGUGUUCCUUCCCUGUGCCCUGUGAGUUAGCCUGCUGCUGCCCUCACAUGAAGUGGU